CUGAAGAUCUGGAGGAAGCCCACUUGGAAGAUGAAGAAUGGACGGAACUUGAGAAGGAAAAAAGCUCAUCUACAGGAAAGUCUGUCAACCCAAAGACUCUUAAAAAAGAACGACUAGAGGCUUUCAUGAUGUGUCAAAUCUGCUUUGAAUACUACGAUGAUGGAAACGCGCAAAAUAUUCGCAUGCCUGUGGCGAUUGUUGUUGCUGGACAUGCAUGA